AAGGACAACAUAAGAAGGCACCGGAACAUAUAUAUCUACCGUACCACUCUGCUGCCAAGGUCACGGAAUCCCUUCCUUCCCCUUUGAAGGCUUCCGCUUUCCCCUUUGUCUUGGAUUGUUUCAACCCUGUCUUCAAGUUUCAAGUCUUCUGUCUUCACCUCAGGCCACACGGCAGCUACAUUCCAUUGUUCCAAAGAAUAAGCAGCGACUACAGUAACAUGACGGACCAAGAUAUCGAAGAGAAAGCCAAAGAGGUGAUUGCCGCCGACGUGCGAUUGUUCUCUGGUUGUGAAGAUGCUCAGACGAGUGGAGACAUGACGGAUGUCGCAAAUUUCAACUUGCCGGAUCCAGCAGGACGAGCCGGUGGUGCUUGUACCAGUGGACUGCUGCAAGUCCUCUACGCCGAUCAUAAAGAUACCAGUUACGAGUUGUCGUUUGAAGAUGUUCUCCUGAAAUUGAGGGAAAGUCUCGAUGGCAUUGGUCUCUCGCAGGUCCCACAACUGAGCACGUCGCACAACCUAGAUAUGCAGCAACCUUUUCAUAUCGUCCCAGAGGGAUCUACCGGAACUCGCCGCGCCGUCAUGAUUGGUAUCAAUUACAAAGGAGAGGGCAAGCUGUCUGGAUGCUGCAAUGACGUCAAGAAUAUGAAAGAAUAUAUCAUGGACGUUCAUGGGUUCCAAGAAGAAAAUAUUACACUUUUGCUGGAUGAAAAACCACAGUACACCCGACCAACACGGCAGAACAUUACAAGAGCCCUAAAAAAGAUGGUGCAAGUAAGUGAACCGGGAGACGUUGUGUUCAUUCACUUUUCAGGACAUGGUGGAAAGGUCAAAGAUUUUGAUGGAGAUGAAGAGGACGGCUUUGACGAAACGUUGAUCCCAGUGGACUUUAAACGAAGUGGGCAUAUUCGAGAUGACUACUUGUUCCGCAAUUUAGUCUGCCCCAUGAAGGGAGGAGUCACCAUGACUUGCCUCUUUGAUUGUUGUCACUCCGGAACUGUUCUGGAUCUGCCCUUUGUCUUCAUUGGUGAUGGCAAGCAAGAGGGCAUGGGCAUCCAACUGGAUUUUGAAUUUGGUACCAUUGAACAAGCCGCUGCAGCCGAACCAGAAGAGAUUGAAGAGUAUUACACGGAGGAAGAAAUUGACUCUGAUGAAGACGAUGAUGAAGUCGUUAAUGAAGACGACGUGCCAUCGGAUCGUCCAGUGGCACGGGUUGACGAUGAGACAAACCUGACGGCGACAACGCAACAAAACACAGACAAUCCACCGGAACCAGUAGCAGAACCUUCUGGGGAGAUGCAACAAAUCAAUGUGAGGUUUCGUCAUCGAUCAUUCGUCAUCAAUGCCGAUGUCCACGACAAAUUCUCAGAGAUUAGGAAAUCGUUGGAAGAGACAACCGGUGUUGCAGUCGAUGACCAGCGCCUCACGUACAACGGUCUCGGCAUCACGUUCAAGGAUGAGAAAUCGUUGAGUUAUUAUGGAUGCGCCCCUGGUGGAUUCUUCACUCUAGAAGAGAAAAAGCAAGCUAAGUAGACAACCGGGCCAAUGAUCCGGUUGCCCUUGCAGGUGGUCACAGGACUGUCUCUGCGUGGAGUAAAAACUGAGCAGUCGCUCUGGUUAGGCAACAAAAUAGCAUUGUUGAUUGAUUGAGUGGUUGAAUAAGUCGUUCCU